AUGGAGGCCGAACCUGUCCCAGACUUCUCGAAGCUGCAAGAGCUGCUGGCGCCGCCGUGUCUGGACCCUAAGCCGCCCGGCGCGUCCCCUCCUCAGCAGGCACCAAGGACCCCAGGAUGCCCCAGACCCAAUGGCAGGUGCUGCCCAGGGCUGAGGGUGACCACCCUGUCCCUUGUCCCCAGGUCCUUCUGGCCUGCACGCCAGGACUCGGUCACCACCCUGCGUUUCGUCCAAGAAACAGCAGAGGGGCUGGUGCAGCUCCCUGCCCGGGACACCCAAGCCCUCGGGCCCUGCUGGGAGCCAAAGGCCUUGGAGAUUCUGGGACCCUCGCCUCUGGCAAGGGAUGCCAAGAACAUGCUGGCCCCAGUCAGCCAGCCAUGCUGCAGCUCAGGGCCCCCGGAGACUCCCCCAGCCCCCUCAGCCCUACCCCAGAGGCGGCCCCGGAAGCAGUCAAAACCCCACCCAGGCGCUGAGAAAGUGGACCCCCACUUCGAGGGGGUGACCCUGAAGUUUCAGCUAAAGCCGGAUUCCAGCCUACAGAUCACACCCAGCUACAGCCUGGCCUGCAGUAGCCGCUCUCAGGGUCCCUCUGCAGGGCCUGCCGGGGGUCCUGAGGCCAACUCGGGAGGCGGCGAGGCCCUCGGGCCCCGGUGCUGUGCUUCCUGUAGGACCCAAAGGACUCCCCUCUGGAGAGAUGCUGAAGAUGGGACCCCUCUCUGCAAUGCCUGUGGUAUCAGGUACAAGAAAUACGGCACCCGCUGCUCCAGCUGCUGGCUGGUGCCCAGGAAAAGUGUGCAGCCGAAGAAGUUAUGUGGCAGAUGCGGGCUGUCCCUGGGCCCCCACCAAGGCUCGACUCAGGAAGGGUAA